ACGAAGUGACAGUAACUUAGCUGGCCAGCUAACUUAACUACAAAACGAGAAACCCGGAUUCAGCUUUACAGGGACGUUUCAGGAUUUGUGGUCGCUUUAUCUUCCUCCAUGAGCAGGUUAGAGUGUUUGGGGAAAUCCUCCACUGGUUUACAGAAACAGUUGGCAGUAGAAGUCACCUCUGCUCAUGCUGAUGCACACAAGCCCAGCGCAAGCUCAUAUUCUAAUUAUGUCCUAGACAAAGUGGGGAAAAAGAGAGACACUGAUAAACCUCGCAGGCUUCCUCCUGCCCGUGCACUGCCUGCUUCUCUACAGGUUUCUUGCCAGCAAACUCUAAGGUCUGGGUUUCCACAUGGGGAUGUGCUGAAUACAGACGAGUGCUCACCAAAGGAACCCAUCAUCCAUUCAUCAACACCAAGGGUUGAAGAACAAGGGCAGUCGACUGCAGUGCUUGAUGAAGAGCUGAAAAUAAAAGAGCUGAGAAAGUCACAGCCCCCAGACACAACAGUGACAGGAGGAAUGGCACUUGCUCCCCCCGCAGUUGAGCCUCUUCCCACGCAUGAGGUGAAUGGGGAGGAAGAACAGACUGAGGAAGUGGAUGUUGAGGAUGAAGACAUUAGGGCACCAGUGGAGCUGAUAAUGGAGUUCCUCAGAGCUGUGAUGGACAGGGACUUUCAGCUGGCCAGCAAACUGUGUCAGAUGAUUCUCAUUUAUGAACCAGGCAAUCCUGAGGCCUCUGAGUUUCUCCCGCUGAUCCAGAAGAAGCUGUUGGAGGAGCAAGAGGCAGAGCAGAGCACUGAGGAAGAUGACCCAGAAGAUGAGGAGGAUGAGGAGGACGAUGAUGAUUCUGAGAGUGAUGAGGAGUCAUCUCAGAGCUCAAGCUUCUCCUCUUCUUCACCAACAGAUGAUGAUGAAGAAGAAAAGCAAGUGAACAGACACAAGCCAUGUCCUCCUUCUCACAUUUGCCCCUAAAUCUAUUGUACCAAUACAACACAGGCAAUGUUAGGUUCGAUCAACAGAGAGCUCUGCUAAUAGCAUAUUGUUACUGUUGGAAUAUUGUGUUUAUUUCAGUCCACAAGGCUGCUUUGCACUGUAGCAGUCUUUGAACAUUUUGUAGAUGUUGUGACAAUUAUGUAUUUUUUUCAUGUCACCUGAUAUAAAUAAAAUAUUCAUUGUGGAUAAAA